UGCUGACUUUGCAAAUCGAUCAAUCAUCCGCUGCACACAACCCACUCCCAUGCAAGCCUUUGAGGAUAUGGUUGCCAAAGAGCGAGGCCUGCUCGCCACAAUGCGACUCGAGAUAGAAAGCAUGUACGAACCGCCGCCUGCUGCAGAGAAGCGUCUCGCGGAGCAGAUCGCCAAAGUCCAGGAAUACGAACGCAUGGCUGUCGAGCAGCGAGCACAACUGGCAGCAGAAGAGGCUGCUGAGGCGGAAGCCACGGAGGAGGAAGCGAGCACGGCCGACGGCGACGUGGGCUCACUCCGAAGUCGAGGCAGCGUGAAUGACACGGAUCAAGGCAGCAGCAAGCAGCAAGACUCUGGCACUCAACUCGACUUUGAUACAGAACGACUUGAGACGGCCUCGGAAAUCCCUAACACUGUGCGAGCCAAUGCCGCGGUCGCCGGUCAGCUGCAAGCUGCCAUUUCAAAGAAGCCACGAGCAAUCGAACUGUGCAAUCUGACACACCAAACAGCGUCCCUCCCAAUAUCGUUGGCCGGACUUGAAACAACGAUUGCAACGCUGGUUGCCACCCAGUCCUCACUUCCGAGCCAUUUUUCCACCUAUCUGACCGUUCCGAGGCUAACAGGCCUUGUCACACUCAACUUGACCAACUGCGGAAUCACCGAUCAAACAUUUGCGCCUGUGGGGGCGAGUGCCGCAGCAGCUGGGGACGCACCCGCCAUGGACCUCGGCAUUUUCCAGCAAAUGCCAGCGUUGCGACGGCUUGUGCUCUGCCAAAACAAGCUGACUGCAAUCCCGCAAUGCGUAUUGCAGUGUUACACGCUGCACACGCUUUCGCUCUCGUACAACAGCAUUUAUUCCUUCCCUGCGAACAUUGAUCUCAUGCGCAACCUGAUCUGCCUGUCGCUCAACGCCAACCUGCUCACCGAGCUUCACCCUAGCAUUUUGCGACUGCGACACCUCCGCAGCCUCUCCAUUUCGAACAAUCUUUUCGCCACCGAGCCUCCCGAGUACAAGCAGCUUCAGAACACGGUCGCGAUUCUGUGCAUCCAAGGCAAUCCGUACCUGGAUCCGCGAGGGGCUUCUCUUGGCGGGCUGGCCAAGUUCAAGCAACAACUGUUGCUAGGGGGCGGUCAGCGUACGAUGAAUCUUUCGGGUUUGCCCGCCGGUGCCCCGCUGACUCGAAGGCUCACCACUCUGGUUAGCGAAGCGCCAUCCGAUGGUGGACGCGGCACACGAUCCGGCUCGCUCAGAACGUCCGCAAAUCGGGCGUCCGUUGCGGGUGAUCUUGGUGACUAUGAACGCCGCGCCGGACAGCUGCGCCGAUCUUCCUCCACCUCCGUGAUGGGACAGCACCUUGCGAAUGUGGCUGGAAUCGGACAGUGCACGACAGUCGCAGAAUGGUUGGAAUGUCUCAAACUCUCGAAUCACCUGCCCGGAUUCACAGCUCAAGGCUUUGCCGAUCUGGAAAGUCUGAAGAAUCUCAAUCUCGAAGCACUCACGCAGAUUGGUGUCUCGAGCAAGAUUGAGCGUAUGAUUCUUUUAACACAAGCCGAAAAGCUCAAGUCUGCAAGACCCGAAACGCCAGUGUAGGAUCACCAAGGUUCAAAGGAAAAUGUUGUAGCAUAAAUUUUGUUGGCGUUCACUGCGCAUGUUUUAAUCCCCCCCCCCACCUCUUCUGUUGUUAUAAUCGUAUUUGAGAAUAUUCAGCUCAUG